UUAUAAACUAUAUUUGAACCAUACAAAAUGAACAAGAUUAUAAUUGUUGCCGUUCUAGUGGCCAUUGGCUACCAGUGCUGUCUGGCCGAUGAAGAGGCUCGUAAAGCAUGGAUGGAGUUCCACAAAGAGAUGAAAGCCGGUGUCUGUAAGCCUGAGACCACUGACAACGCACUGCUCGGCAAACUCGCCGACUGUAAGAAGAAUUUCUAUAACAUUCCCGCCGACAAAAUGGCUGAGCAUGAGGCCAAGUAUACUGAGAUGAUGAAGGAUUGCGUAAAAGACGACGAAGUGAAAGCGUACACCAAGGUCGAUUUGACCAACAACAUCAACAAGUUCGUUUUGAUGAGUUGGUGUGGGGAGGGCUUCCAGAAAUGUAUGCACGAGAAGUAUCAAAAGGCUAAGGAGGCUAAGACCGAGGAAAAGGCCGACCCCGACCACAAACACCACCCAACCGCUGAACAAAAGACUGCAUUUAAGACCUGCCUCAAGAAUGCCAUUAAAGUCUAAAUAAAUUUUUAAUUAUUUAAAUUCAAAAACCAUUUUAAAUUUCAAUAAACAUUAAAACCCUAUAAUUGUAUUGCUAAUAUUAUUUAUAAUUUUCUUAGUAAAAGUUAUAAUUAUAUAAACUACUAAACAUUUUUAUAAAAAUAUAAAUUAUCUAAACAUGUUUUCAAAAUUAUUAUUUUUAUUCUAUAAUUAUUUACUAAUAAAUGUGAUUCCGCAAAAU